AUCCUCUGGGUGAUGUUUGGAGAGACCUGCAGUCUACGGGACAGAAACACUCAUCCUCAGGAGAAAGAACAGGUUCUGUGUGUGGACUUCAUGGGAAAGACAGUCUCUCUCUUCCAGAAAUAUAUUUGCUGAAAUGUUGGGAUCAGACUGAUGCAUCAUGGACGCUGAGGAGUUAGAACUGCAGAAUGACUACCGUUACCGCAACUAUGCGUCGGUCAUUGAGAAAGCGCUGCGGAACUUUGAGUCUUCCAGCGAAUGGGCCGAUCUCAUCUCCUCCCUGGGCAAGCUCAACAAGGCGCUGCAGAGUAACCUUCGCUACUCCCUCCUGCCCAAGAGGCUGAUCAUAGGGAAGCGUCUCGCCCAGUGUCUGCACCCAGCUCUCCCGAGCGGCGUUCACCUCAAGGCGCUGGAGACCUACGAGGUCAUUUUCAAAAUCAUUGGUACAAAAUGGCUGGCCAAGGAUUUGUUCAUUUACAGCUCCGGGUUGUUCUCUCUGUUGGGUCAUGCAGCGAUGGCAGUGAAGCCGGUCCUGCUGACCCUGUAUGAGCGGUACUAUCUCCCCCUGCAGAGAGCUCUGCUGCCCAGUCUGCAGGCCUUCAUCACAGGACUCCUGCCGGGCCUGGAGGAGGGACUGGAGGUCUACGACAGGACUGAUGCGUUGAUGGUCAAGUUGUCCCUGCUCGUGGGUCAGCAGGUCUUCUAUGGCGCCCUGUGGGGCAGCAUGCUGGUCAGCCCCGUGGUGCGGCUGCCAGCCACCAUCUUUGUAGUCACACAUUUUGACCGCAUGGAAUACCUGCACCAGCAAACACACAUGCUGGGCUACGACCACAGGCUGGUGUUGAAGUCAGUGUGCCUUUCUCUUCAAGAUUCAAAUACCCUGGUGCAAAGGAACAUGCUUGAAAUUGUGCUCAACUUUUUCCCUUUAGCUACAUGCCUGGAACCUACGGAGGCCAGUAUCGCUGUGAGUCCUGAAGACAUGAUCGCUGUAGUGUCUGCAGCCUCUCUCACUUUGCUCCGCAGAGACAUGUCUCUGAACAGACGCCUCUACGCCUGGCUUCUUGGGACGGACAUAAAAGGAGAUAUGGUGACACCACACCCCACCUUCUCCACUACCGCAGAGGAACACACAACCUUCUACUUCAACACUUACUCCAGAGAUUUCAUUGUGCAGGCUCUGAUUAGUAUACUCAAACAAAAGAGCGACCCGGAAAAUGUGACGGGAUGCCUCAGGCCCUUUCGCAUCAUCAUGAGUCUGCUGGAUAAACCAGAGAUAGGUCCAGUGGUCCUGAGCAGUGUGUUGUUGGAAGUUGUCCGAGCCUUCAACACCUACUGUCGAGAGAUGCUGGGAGAGGAAACCAUCACCAGCUCCGGCUUCUCAGGCAACCAGUUAGCCAUUAAAGUAAAAGAGAAUAAGAAUGCAUCAGAGGUCAUAAAGUCGAUGAACAUGCUGGUGAGCUCCAUGAACAGUGAAUACCUGUGGGAGUACAUGACCCGACGCUUCUGCACUGCUGUCAGUUACAAAGACGACCCACCGAUGCCUCCUCAGCAGGACCGCUGUCACCCCGCUCCGUCCAUCACAGAGAUAUCCAAUCUCAUCAUUUUCCUGCUUGACGUCCUUCCUCUGGAGCUCCAUGUUGACAUCCAGUCCCAGUUCCUCCCGGAGAUGCUGAGCACCAUGCUGCAGACCCUCUCCAGCCACAUGGACUCUGUCAGUCUGGAGGAUGUCACACAGGGCCUGCGAGCUUGCUUCAAAGUCCUGAGUAAGAUCCAGAUGCCCGUGGCUUAUAUGGACAUUGAGGCAGGGGCACACAUAGAUGACAUGGAGUUACAGUUACCUGAGGAAGAGAGCCAGAAGACUGAGGACAUCGAGGGCAAGAAAGAUGCUGGUGUUGAUCAGGUUAAUGGUCAUCAUGAAGAGGAGGAGCUGAACGGAGGAGAUGAGGGAGCGCAUGCGGGUAAUUUCUACCCCACGCUGAGAUCUGAAGACAGUGGAUUGGGUAUCAGCGCCUCACCCUCGGAGCAACAAAUCCCACCAGGACUGGGGCCGACGGCGGGGGAAAAUGGAAUUUACAAAGACGGUGAAGGAGUGUGGAGGAGGGGAGGCAGCGUAGACACCAUGAACAAGUGUCUGCAGGACAUCCUGGCUUUUAUAACAACGAGAUAUUUGCUGGUGCAGGUGGAGGAUGUCAGGGGCGUGGAGGAAGUACCCCAACCUCCUGACACAACGACUCCCCCUGUGGAUCAGAACACAGUGUCACCGGUCACCGGGGGACAGGAAAUAAAAGACAAACAAACUGAACAGUUCACUUCAACCAAAGUUAAACCCCACCCGUCAUCGGACGCCCAGCUGGAAGCAGCGCCCACCGAGAAGAAGAAGAAGGUGCACGGGUGUCUGGACUGGGCAGCGGGGUACAUGCCCCGAGGCAGGGCGGAGAUCUCUGAAGCCUGUCGACAGGCCUUCACUGCCACCUGCCACCUGCUGCUGGAGUGCACCACUUUCCUGUACCUGACGGAAGAGGAGACCCAGGCUCUCCACACGGACAUGUUUGGGAACACAGGCAGUGAGGUGGACAGGCUGCCUGUUUGGCUGAGGUCCUUGAUGACCCUGUGCUGCCUGUCCAGAGACUACAACAUCCAGCACACUGCAGUGGCCUCCCUGCUGGAACUCAUCAACCACUCCCAGUCCUUAGCACUGGUCAUCGAGGACAAACACAGACGCUACCAGACGUCAAGCUCCAACCCUCUGAGUGGACGUCUCCAGAUGGUCACUGUGCCGCCCAUCUACCCCGCUCUGCUUCAGGCCAUAGAGGAGGGAACAGAUUUCUUUCAGAGGGUGUCCCAGGUAUUGUGGAGCCAGUUGGACACCGAGCGGAGAGAGCAGCACAUUUCCUGUGUGGAGCUCUUCUACAGGCUUCACUGUUUGGCUCCAUCAGCGUCCAUCUGUGAAGACAUCAUAUGCCAGGCACUAUUGCACAAGGACAAGUCUGUCAGGCUGGAAGCACUACACCGCUUCACAGUACUGUGGCACCUGACCCGAGAGAUCCAGAACAACAGGACCAUGUCUCUCAAUCGCUCCUUUGACAGGUCUCUGUGCGUCGUGGUGGACAGUCUGAGCUGUACAGACGGCUCGAUAAGCGCAGCAGCUCAGUGCUGGCUCGUCAGGGCUCUUUCCCUCGGUGAUGUGAUUAGAAUCCUGGAGCCUAUUCUGCUGUUGCUGCUUCACCCGUCCACUCAGCGCUGCUCUAUUCAGAGCAUCAAACAGAACCUCACUGCUGUUGACCUGAAAAUUCAAGGCAACAGAAGUCGAAGCUCCACCAAAACUUCUGGGACAUCCGCAGAUUCUAUGGCGACAGAGGUCACCACUUUGAAUCUCAUGAACAUUGUGGACCGAGAGGCUCUGUGGGCGGAGUUAGACUGCGGCGCCGAGUCAACCCAGACGCCGUGCGGCUUAGCGGUUUCAAGGAGUGAGAGUGAAGAGACAGAAGAGGAGGAUAAACAAGACGAGGAGGAGGAGGAGGAGGAAGAAGCUGAUAGUGAACACACAGAGUCAGCCGACACCAGCGGCGCCCAGGUAUCCACUGAAAACUCCAGCUCAGGAUCCGUUCCAUUCCGCAGCACCGAUGAAGGAGGCGUGGUCAACGGCCUGCGCAGGGCGGAGUCCGAGCGCACGCAGGCUUCUGAUUCACUGUCGAGUGAGGACGAGGAGGAUUUAGAGCUGGAGGCCAUCGCCCGGUCCCGCCUGCUGAAACAGGAGCGAGAGAAGAGGGAGGCCAUCGACUCUCUGUUCCGUCAUGUGCUGCUGUAUCCCGCUGCGGGCGGCUGGCGCCACCUCCUGCAGGGCUUGGCACUUCUUGACAGCCUUCUGAAGAGCAGCGCUGAGUGUCCCCUCGUGGAUGCUCUGUCUAACACCUCUCUGGACACGAGCUCUGCCGCACAUCUCAACCUGGUCUCUAACCUCCUGCAGCGCCACCAACAGGCUCAGGACGGUAAAGGCUUCUACAGCGGGCUUCUCUCUCCUUCCUCGCCGUCGUCCAUGCCCCCGUCCCUGCUCAUUGAACUGCUUGUGUCCUUGUGUUUGCGAUUCCUGCGCUCUCAUUACCCCUCUUAUGUGAGUCUGGGUCCUCUCGACCUUCAGGGGAACAGGGAGGUGCAGGUGAAGAGCGUGGAGGUGCUGACCCACAUGGUGAAUCAGCUCGGCUGCAUGGCGCGCGGACAACAGGGCAGUGGGAGUCUGGAGCCGAUUCGCAAGCUCCUCUCAGGAUGUAAGGUGCAGCAAUAUGCUCUGCUCACACUUUCUGCAUCCAUGUAUGUCAGCCAAAGGGGGACAGACAAGGGACCACCCAAGGUUGUGGAGGUGCUGGGUGAGCAGGGAAGCCUGUCAGAGGAGAGUCUGGUGAAUCUGGGAACAGGAGGGGGGCAGGAACAGUACACUUUACAAAUGGAGUUACUGAAACUCCUCCAGGCUCUCAUCGUCCUGGAGCACCAUAUUUGUCCAGGUGGAGCUGCAGCGGGGUCAGGUGGAGCCUCCGGCCAACCAGGGGAGCCUCGUGAAACCCCAACAGCCAGCACCCCCCUCGCUCGAGAGUGGCAAACCUCAGUCCUUUUUCAGCAGUCCAUCAAGGCAGCUCAGUACGUCCAGAGCCAUCCAAUCAUAGCCCAGGGAAUGUUUGUGUCUGCGGCGGCCAGGUCCCUGCAGCCGCAGUACGGCUACGCCAUGCACCCCCACUGGGUCUCACUGCUGGUCUCCUGUCUGCCGUACCUGGGGCGCUCGUUGGGCAUCAUUGUGGCUCCACUCAUCAGCCAGAUCUGCAAAAACUUGGACGAGCUGGUAAAGCUUUACGAGCAUGACGGAGGAAAAACAAAUCAGAGCUUGAGUGGGAGGAGAGAAAACAUUUCCCCGGACUAUCCUCUGACUCUGCUCGAAGGCCUGACCUCCAUCACACACCACUGUCUGUUGGACAACAAGAGGUCGUUGGUCGCCUGUGAUCCUGUGGACGUCCGUAAUGCACGCAGCGCUGUGAUUGAAGAACUGCCGCACAUGCUGAGCAGUAUGGCGUUGUUAUGGGGUGUUGUCAUGAGGGAGGAGCUUCAGAGGCGCACGUCUGACUCUGGUCAGAGCAGCAGACACUCUUCUACCUCUGUCUAUUUUAAAAGCACAAAGAUUCUAAAGCAGCGGAUACUGGAGUUCCUGGUUCCUCUAACUCUUCAGUAUGGGGUUCAGCUUAUGGCUUCACUGGGAGCAGUGUGGAGCAGGAGAAAGAGUAAAAGGAGACAUAAAAACAAAGUCUUACCUGUUGCCAGUGAGUCUCGUCUGACCAUUGUGGAUUUGGUGAAAUCCCUGCACACCUUGCACACAGAUACCAUCUUACAACUGGUCAAGGAAGUGGUGAAAAAACCUCAUCAGAUCAAAGGAGAACAGAAGUCAACCCUGGUAGAUAUUCCCAUGUUGCAGUUCAGCUACACUUAUAUCCAGAGUAUUUCAGCUCAGGUGCUGCAGGAAAACGUUGCUACCCUCCUCAGUCUUUUACGGGAGUCUGUUCAGCUCAACCUGGCCCCACCUGGACACUUCUUACUGCUGGGAAUCCUCAAUGAUUUUGUCAACAGGCUCCCCAACCUGGACAACAAGAAGGACUCUCGAGACAUGCAGGAGGUGACUCAGCGGAUCCUCGAGGCAGUGGGGGGGAUCGCCGGCUCGUCUCUGGAGCAGACCAGCUGGCUCAGCCGCAGCCUUGAGGUCAAAGUUCAGCCACAGGUGUGCACAGAAGCAGAUGACGGGGAUGACGCAGACAUUGAAGAGUCGAUGGCUCAAGCUAGCACCAUGGUUUCCUCUUCAGCUCCCUCAGUUUACAGCGUGCAAGCUCUUAUACUCCUGGCUGAGGUCUUGGCACCACUUCUGGACAUGGUUUACCGCAGUGACGAGAAGGAGAAAGCCGUCCCUCUCAUCUCUCGGCUCAUGUACUAUGUUUUCCCUUACCUGAAGAAUCACAGUGCCUACAACAUGCCAAGCUUUGAAGCCGGUGCUCAGCUGCUGAGCAGUUUGAGCGGGUAUGCCUACACCAAGAGGGCGUGGAAGAAAGAGGUGUUUGAGCUCUUCAUGGACCCCCUUUUCUUCACCAUGGAGGCUUCCUGUGCUCCAAGCUGGAAAUCCAUCAUUGACCACCUGCUGACUCAUGAGAAGACGAUGUUUAAAGACCUGAUGAGUAUGCAGAGUGGCUCCCUGAAACUGUUCAAUAACGUAGACCAGAAACCCAUGCUGCUAAAGCGCCAGGCGUUUGCCAUGUUCAGCGGAGAACAGGAUCAGUACCAUCUGUAUCUGCCCCUCAUCCAAGAGCGUCUCACUGAGACUCUGCGUAUGAACCCGAGCCCCGCUGUUUCAGCCCAGAUUUUUUUGAUGUUUCGGGUUCUCCUUUUGCGGAUCUCUUCCCAGCAUCUCACGUCCCUUUGGCCGAUCAUGGUCACAGAACUGAUUCGCACAUUUACACGUCUAGAGAAAACUCUGCAGACAGAAAAAGACGUCUCAAAGCUGGCUAAAGUGGUGCGUAGCGCCCUUGACAGAAAUGGACCGGUGAAUUUCUCUCCAGCUGAGUUGGACAUGUACCUUUCAGCCUGCAAGUUUCUGGACACCUCAUUGGCUUUCCCUCCAGAGAAGAUACCGCUCUUUCAGAUGUACCGUUGGGCAUUCGUCCCUGAGGUGGAUGUGGAGCGCUACAGCGGCCCUGUAGAGACUGUGCUGAUGGAAGGCGAGCAGGAAUGCAUUCCCCAUGUCGUCAGAGUCCUGGAAGGAAUACAGCAGCGAUACGGGACUCUGAAUGGGCUGAGUGAGGAAUCUUCCACAGAGCAUUUGGAGUUCCCCCUCCUCACCCAACACUCCCUCGCCUCCAUCACCCAGCUGUUGCCGUUCCUCCGCAUCCUCUGCGGCUCCUUCCAGUGCCCUCCACCCUACAGCGACUCCAUGCAUCACUUCCCAGUCGCAGACUACCCGGCAUCCAAUUCAGAGACAGUUCUGAAGAGGCUGGAGCAAAUCACUGAAGAAGAGUUCCUGGACUCUUUGGAGAGUUAAAGCAUGAAGCUUUCAUGAGCUCCAAAUCCUCUUUUUAACCUGCAGCCGUCACAGUGGAAAACAUUAAAUAGGAACAACUGGUGAUAUUGUUGUAUUGUCAUCUAAAACAAAUGAAAUUGUGUUUAUCUUUUAACUUUUUAACUUGACCUACCUACAUAAUAAAAGCAUCUCUGAGGUGCUCUCACACUAAAUCUGUUUUGGAAAAUGUAAGGGACUUUGUUAAACAAUGGACUUUAUGGGAAACUAUAAAUUAAAAGGGUACAAGUAUUUAUUUUAAUUAAAUUCUCUUUUCCUGUCAAGCAUGAGCAUCAUCAUCCCGUUGUAAAAUGUUUGACACAUUGAGAUUGAAUCACUCACUGUCUUUUUCCUUUUAUUGUUUUGGGCUGAAGACGUGUUACAGCUGAAACAGUUCAACUUUCAUUCCGAGUAUGUAUGCACCUUAUGAUAACAUUUGUUCUAGGGUUUAUAUUUCAGUUUGGUAUCAGGUAACAGAUUCACUGUGAGGUUACCCCGUUCAGUUCUGUUAAUGGCUUAACCUCUGGCUCUAUUCCUCGCAUCCAUCUGACCGAGAAUGUAAAAUCUACAGUAUACGUCUGUCGUCGAGAUACUUUCAUGCUAAUCGUCUUUGAAUACAUCAUUAUGGGACCUCACAAGCCUUUGGGUAUAAUACAUGUUAAAGGUUUUAUGAGUAUGUUGCUGAAUGGGAAAGCCCUUUUGUAAGAUUGUUCAGUGCACCUCGCUUAAAUAGACGCUUGUCAUUUUUUGGUGUUCAAGGGAAACUGCCUUUCUUUGUAGUUGUUUGUGCUUUUGUGGUUUUUUCCAUAGAGCUGAAUGCUUAAGUAAUUUAUUUUGGAUGUAAAAAGGACCAUGUCAUGUUUUAAUUAACAUAAAGAAGACUCAAAUUAAACAUUACGCUCAUGUA